GCUGCACAACAGCUGGACUUCAGCCUGAAGGAUCCUGACAUGUCACGUUUUCAUAGUUUGGUAAUCUGUUUGUUAGCAACUUGGCAGGUCAUAAAAGCACUGUGAUUGUUAGUUUAAAUAUUAACUUGCAGGAACGACAGUCAAGUUGACAGUUGGUGGCUGGAUGUGGCUUUAAGCUGGAUGUUUCCGUGUCUCACGCUGCACUCUGAGGACAUUCAGAUACCAAUAUGAGCAACUUUGGGGAAAUCCUGAAGGAGAUUGGGGAGUUUGGGUUAUUUCAGAAACGUUUAGUAGCUGCGUUAUGCAUCCCCAGCAUUUUUGUCGCUUUUGAUGUGAUUGGUCAGGUGUUUGUAGGCAUGAACUUCCCGCAUCACUGUAACACUGACUGGAUCUUGAACCGAGGGCCCAACCUGACAGAUGAGAGGCAAAGAAAUCUCACCAUCCCUGUGAACAAGGAUGGGAAGUAUGAAAGCUGUACAAUGUUCACACCUGUGGAUUUGGAUUUGGAAACUAUUGAAGCAUAUGGGAUUAACACAACUACAGGAUGCAUAAAUGGAUCAGAUUUUGAGAAACCCAAAGGUGCCUCUAGUAUUGUCACAGAGUUUGACCUGAUUUGUGACAGGAGCAGUUUGAUUGAGGUAUCGCAGUCCAUCUACAUGGCUGGUCUUCUGAUUGGAGCCUUGGUGUUGGGUCACAUGGCUGACAGGUUUGGUCGACGCUUCGUGGUCCUGCUUUCACUCCUUCUCCUACUGCUGUUUGGCGUCAGCGCUGCUUUCUCACCCAACAUCUAUGUUUAUAUGGCUCUAAAAUUUUUAGGUGGCAUCUCAGUUUCUGGCAUUGUUGCUAACGCAUUUGUGAUAGGUGGAGAAUGGAGUGAGUCUUCCAAGUUUGCUCUCUGCACCAUUAUCUGCCACUCUUUCUUCCCUCUGGGACUGAUGAUGUUGUCUGGCAUCGCCUAUUUGAUCCGUGACUGGAGGAUCCUGCAGCUGGUGCUCUUCAGCCCCCUUGUCCUGGUCUUGGGAAUCUUUUACUGGAUUCUUCCAGAGUCGGGUCGGUGGCUCAUCACACAGGGCAAGAAGAAGGAGGCCAUAAAGGAGAUCCGGAAGGCAGCUCAGGUGAACGGGAGGAGUGUCCCAGAAGACCUGCUAGACAAGCUGGACAUUGAGGGUACAACCAAAAGAGGAAGCAUGUUGGACAUCUUCAGGAUAUCAUAUCUGAGAAAACGUGCUCUUGUAUUGAGCCUUGUUUGGUUUGGAACAAGUCUGAUGUACUACGGACUGAGCCUGAAUGUUGGCAAUUUCGGUCUGGAUAUCUAUCUCACGCAGUUCAUCUUCGGCGUAGUGGAAAUUCCUGCACGUGUGGGCAGUUUACCUCUCAUCCAGCACUUUGGGAGGAGAAUAUGUCAAGCAGGGAUGUUGCUUUUUGGAGGCUCUGCUUGUCUUGGGAUACUUGCUAUUCCAAGGGAUCUCCCCGUAGUGGUAACAGUCAUAGCUGUGCUAGGAAAAUUUUCCGCAACUGCCAGUUUCUCCACAGUCUAUGUUUAUACUGCAGAACUAUACCCUACCAUUUUAAGGCAGAAUGGUGUAGGUCUGAACUCCAUGUGUGCUCGUGUGGCGGGCAUCCUCGCCCCGCUCAUCAGACUCCUGGACGUCUACCAUCACUCCAUCCCCAUGCUGAUCUACGGCAUCAUCCCCAUUGCCGCCGGAGGUUUCUGUUUACUGCUGCCUGAAACCCGCAAUGUUGAACUCCAGGACCAUGCUGAACUCAUAAAACAUGACAAUGGAACGCACUCUAAAGAGGCCAAAUCAGGAAAGAGCACAAAAAUGUAAUUUAUGUGGACAUGAUGGUUUUCACUGGCUUUUUGCAUCAGGAGGAUUAGUGUGCUUCUUCUCAGCUGACACGGUGAUAACAGUAAUUAGUAUGCAGUUAACUUUAACUGAAUCACAUUUAACAGUAACAGUUUCAUGUGUCAGGUGUAAUUUUAUUUUUUGUAGCUAACAUUUGUUAACAAUUUGUUUUAUCAUUGCUGAAGUUAUAGACUGUUUGAUAACUGGAAUUUGUAUAUAUAUUAAAUUUUGUAUAUAUGUAUUUGCUGUACACCUAUUUGUGUGAGAGUUUAGAGUUUCUCAGUUUAUAUUUUCUCAUGGAUACAAUCCCUCUGUAGGUGUUUCAGGUGCUAUGAACCCACUAUAGUGUAUUGUUGAAAAUGGGAAUACACUGAUAUUUUGUUGUCACUUUUCUUCAUCUUUGAGCGAGUGAAGUGAGUGAAGUGGAGCAUUUAGCAGCUGGAGAUCCACAUUUUUUUUUUUUCAAACACUGGUGGAUUGGGUUUAUAUUUAUUAGGUAGCCAGACAAGACAACUCAUGAUGAUGUUACUCUGUGUCCACUGGAUGUGUAAAUAGGCAACAAGAACAUAUAAACUGUGUGUGUGUGCGUGCGUGCAUGCGUGUGUAUAUGUGUAUGUGUGUGUGUGUGAUCUUCGUGUUGUUAUGGAGUUCUGUCCUCAAGUAGCCAAAGAAAACUGAUCACUGUCAUCACUAUGCCCUUUUUUACUGCUUAUCAGUUUAUUUAUAUGUCAAAUCUCUGAUAUCACAACCUGUCUUGCUGUGCGUUGGCUAAUUUCAUUAGGCUGAAGGUAAAUGUGACCUUGUGGUCCUUACUAGCUCAGUGGUAUCUUAAAUAUGCUUUUAAUCUCUGAAAAUAUUUGUUGUGGAAGUUUAAUUUUGCUAGUGUUUAUCUGAUGUUAUUUAGUCAUCAGAUCCUCUGGUGGUAACACUCUGCCUCUUUCAGCACACCCUAUGUUUAUACUGAAGAAUUAUAGCCGACCAUUUUAAGGUAAUGCCCUUCUUUCUUACUAAUGACUGAUGCCUAACAAUGUCUCUUAUAGUUAACACCCAUGGAAAAACUCCAUGUUAACAGUUUUUUUAAUUCAAAAAUUAGCAUUAGAUUCCUGUUGAGUCCAUUAUACGUUCUUGCAGGCAGAAAGGAAACAGUCUAAACUUCAUGGGUGGUCUUGUGGCGAGCAUCCUCAAAGGUUUCUGUUUACAAUUGCCUGAGACCGGCAAUCCUGAAACGUCAGGACCACACUGAACUCAAAAGACCAGAGGGUGAGCUGAGCAGACAAAUCAACUGUCACGUAGGAUUCAUGCUGAUGCCAUGGUAU